AGUGGGGACACGGAAAAGGCCCGGGAAGUUGGCCUUGCGGACGGUCCGGGGGAGCAGGCGGCGCGCAGCGAGCACAGAAGGCGCGCGAGAGCCGGAGCGGGCGCGGGAGCGGUGGGCCCGGUAGGAGGGGUGGGGCCCAGCGCCGGGGUCGCCGCGGGGGCUCCCUGCCGAGCUCGGCGCGGGAUUGGCUGCGGUGAGCCCUCGCGGAGGCCCGCCCUGGAGCAGGGCCUGCGAUCAGCCUGCGCUUUGACCCGGGGGAGCUGCAGAGACUGGAGCGCGGGAGGCUGGCCUGGGCUCGAGGGCUGGGGAACCGAAGUCGCAAGUCCCAGGAAGCCUGACUUGAGAGCCCGAGGCCGAGUUGCUCGACAGAAGAGCUCCGGGGGCGUCGUCGGGCAGCUGUGCUGGGUUGGGGGCGUCUCCUCCCUGCUCAUCCUCCUUGAAUAAGCUUUCUCCUUGAAUAAGCUUUUUUUUUUUUUGGCCGGUAAGGGGAUCGCAAUGCUCGGCACGGUGUGGUCCGCACCACGCUCAGCCAUCCCUAUACAGGAUUCGAACCCGCGGCCUCGGCGCUACGGGCGCCGCGCUCUCCCGCGUGAGCCACGGGGCCGGCCCUGGAAUAAGCUUUUGACAGCAUACUACUAAGCCUCGCGGCCCCAGCCUUGCCAUUUAUUUGACCGUCUCCUGGUUCUUCUAUCAUGACUGUAUUCCAAACACUUAGGUGCGCCUCCCCACGGAUACGAGCAAGGUGGAUACAGCAAUGAUGUUGGAUGACAUUUGUAAAGACGCCUCAGAAAACACUCAUUUUUGAGCAUCUCCUGGUGGUACCAUCAAAAAUGUCUUGCUUACGUGGGAAAGUCCAGACUGUUUUGGGCCUCGUGGAGCCAAGCAAACUGGGCCGCACCCUUACCCAUGAACAUUUGACAAUGACCUUUGACUGCUGUUUCUACCCACCUCCUCCAUGCCAUGAAGCUACCUCUGAGGAACCUAUCAUGAUGAAAAAUUUAUUUUGGAUUCAGAGAAACCCUUAUUCCCAUAAAGAGAACCUACAGUUGAAUCAAGAGACAGAAGCCAUAAAGGAAGAAUUGUUGUAUUUUAAAGCUCACGGUGGAGGAGCUAUGGUAGAGAACAUGACCUCUGGAAUUAGCCGAGAUGUGCAGACAUUGAAGUGGCUUGCUGAAGAGACUGGUGUCCAUAUCAUAUCUGGAGCUGGGUUUUAUGUGGAUGCAACUCACUCUUCAGAGACCAGAGCCAUGUCAGUGGAACAGCUUACUGAUGUCCUUAUUCAUGAAAUUCUGCAUGGAGCUGAUGGAACCGGUAUCAAGUGUGGUGUUAUUGGCGAAAUUGGCUGCUCCUGGCCUUUGACUGAGAGUGAAAGAAAGGUUCUUCAGGCAACGGCUCAUGCCCAGGCUCAGCUUGGCUGUCCUGUUAUUAUCCAUCCUGGACGGAAUCCAAGUGCACCAUUUCAAAUUAUCCGAGUAUUGCAAGAAGCAGGUGCAGACAUCUCCAAAACAGUUAUGUCACACCUUGAUAGGACUAUACUUAAUAAGAAAGAGCUACUGGAGUUUGCUCAACUUGGCUGUUACUUGGAAUUUGAUCUCUUUGGUACCCAGCUCCUUCAUUACCAGUUCAAUCCGGAUAUUGACAUGCCUGAUGAUAACAAAAGAAUUAGAAGCCUCUUUGUAGCAGUGCAGUGUAUCAUUUGCACCCCAUGCCUUCCAUGGGGCCCCCAGACCUUCUGGAACAAGAGAGAGAGAGAACCUUUAAAGUGCGAUCUGCGGAGGAGAUAUGAGACAAGGAUGACCAGUGCCUCCUCCAACAUUUCUUCUUAGCAGCUUUUGGUUAUUAGCUCAAGAAUGAGAACUUUAAUUUGGUUUGCUUUUAUUGUGCCAAAUGUAAACAUUCUGGAUGUAUGGAAAUACAUCAAGAAUUUUAUCUAUGUGUGCGUGUAUGUGUGCAUGCACGUGUGUGUUUGCAUGUGUGUGUGCACGCUUAAUCUUCCUUAAAUUAAAAAUAUGCAUUAGGCCACUUCACCCAAGUACAGCUCAUGUUAAUUACUGAAUAACGUUUUGGGUGUUGUAUGCUCCAGUGUCCCAUUUUCCCCCACGCCCAGGGUGCUUGGUUUUCAUCAUUCAUCUGCGGUCCUUUUCUGAGCCAUAGUAGUCUAAACCUCUGAAGUGCAAGAACAUAGAAGCACGCCUCUGCCUACCUCUGGUUUUCAGCACCAGAAAUUCUGUGUCUAACACCUGUUUUCAAUCUUCUGCUCCACUUCUCAAAUCUUAUUAUAUCUCUGCCUUUUCACACUUUGUAGUCUCUCUCUAAUAUUUGUUUGCAAAACACUAACUCAUUUGUAUUUCUAUAAUUACUGUGAUUUUUUGUCUUCUCCUCUGUAGUGGUUCCUCCCUUCUGGCGGCAUCUCUGUGACUACUGUUCUUCCAUACAGUGACACAACUUCAGAGAUGAUCUCUUAGCUUAAGCGUGACCAGGCAGGCUUCCUUGAUAAUCAAGAUAUAAUUGUGUUUCUAGAGCCAUAACAUUAUCUUUCUUGUGAGAUAAUUAGUCUCUUGAUUCAUGACCUAAUGAGCUCUAAGGGUUCCCAUUUUUAAAUAAGAGUAUCUUGUCUACUACAUUCUUUCUUUACUGCUUCACAAUUCGAUAACCUCAUGUUUCAAGAUGUAACACAAGAUAUCUUACAGGAAUUUGUUUAUCCAUACAAUAUGCCUUUGUAGCAUGAGAUAUCAUAUUUCUCAAAUAAAGAAAAGAGACAAAGACUUAGGGAAAUGAUCAGAAAAUAUCGGGAAGAAAGUGUAUCCUAAAACUUCCUGUCCUGUGAUACUCCUUUGCUGUUGUGGAUUAAGGUUCAUCGUGUAUGCACUCUCUAAAAUCUUUCUCUUUUUUUCAUAAGUGAUCAUAUAACUUUCUUAGAUAAUUCCCUUAAAUAGAGUUUGUUCCAAAAGUAACUGCAGAUCAGGACAUUAAGACAUUAUACAGAUUUCAACAUGGCAGAUCAUCUUAGUGGCACAAUGGCAUUACAUGCACUUAUAAGACAGGCAUGGGGUACUCGUGGCAUGAAUGCUGCUUUCCAGACAAGGCAUCCAGGUUGGCUCUUCAAUUCUGGUGCUUGUAUUCCUUUGACCUGUAAAAGCAAGGUCUACUCUUCAAUUACAAUUUAUUUUUAAAUGUAUGUCCUCAGAGAGUAGGGCUUUGCACUUGAAUUUUUUUUGUGUGUAGUGCUCCACAUUUUGCUUACUGUAGUAGAUUAAAUAGUACUCAUGCACUAGAAUGCCAAGUAAUGCUAUUGAAACAAAAAAGAUACCUUUCAAAUAAUCAGCUCCUGGAGGAAGGCGCUGUCUAUCUUUCUAGAUCCACUUGGGAAUCUAGAGAUUGACAAGACUAUAGAGAGACUCUCAGAGAAGAGUCAUUAUUGUCUGCGAAUUGCCUCUUGGGCCAUCAGAGACCUAUGGAAGUCAUGGCAGACACUGCCCAGAGUCCAGACAUACACAGAUGGUGGCUGUCAGGAGGUGACUCACCCUAUGGAUUACAGCAUUUAACAAAGCAAAAAGGAUUGCAUUUUUAGACAGUAGUCAGAAAGCUCUCCUUUAGGCAACUGACUGUAAAUUUAAAGGAACAGCUUAUUAUUUUAGCAAUCUUGUUGGCAUGGAAGGAAGAUAGAAUAAAUUUGUAUUGGUCAAUUCAAUACAAUGCUCAGAGACUACUACUAAGCCAGAAUUCCCACAGACUUCAAAGGGACAAAUCCUCUAACUACAGAGGAACAUACCUUUGCUAACCUUUUUCAGUGUGUAGUUUAUCAUUCUCCUUUCAUUUGCAAACCAACUAAUUUGACCCUCAGAAUGUUUUACUUGUAUGGAGAUUCCUUUUAUUUUCCUAACUUAAUCACAAACAGCCAUUGAUUUUAUUUGCUAGAUAAAAGGAAAGAGAGAGAAUGAGAUCUGAAAAAUGGGCCCACUAAGAUGGGCAUUUUAUAGAUGACAGCCAAAUGCAAAUCCAGAAGAAAGUUAUUUAGUGAAAUGCUAAAGUGGUCAUUCAUUCAAACUGGCACAUCCUACUAGAAGCUAUCUUUAAUGCAGUAUUGCCAAGCACUGUCAUAAAUAUCACAGGCUAGAAAUAUAUGUGUGCAUGGAAUAAGGAUCAUGUUCCUUCUAGGAUGCAGCAGUAUCUUCAUCAUCACCACACAAUAUUUAUUAAGGGUCUCCCGGUACACAUGCCAGAUUGGAAGGCAGAAUCUUUAUGACAAGCACACACAAUAAGUUUAUGAGUAAAAGAGGUUACAGCACCCUGAAAAUCUAAAAUGUAAGACAAAUGACAUAUAAUAAGUUAACAUUUUUUACAGGGUGCGUCUCCUGGUGGCUGAGGGCUAUGAAGAUCGAAUUCUGAUGGCACAUGACAUACACACAAAGCAUCGGCUGAUGAAAUAUGGAGGU